UUUCCAUUUCACAUGUCCAUACAAUGAGUUGUCUAAUGGCCUCCAGCUCAGGGCUGUCCAUGUGAGAAGUAAAUCUGAGAAGAGAAGGACAGACACUUAAAGAGAGAGAAAAGUUUCCCACAGAGCAUGGCCUCUGCCAUAGAAGAUGGCGUGGAUGAAAGAACGGUGGACAUUAAAGAAGAGAACUGUGAUUGGCUCACACCAGAGGAUGUGUGUGUGAAGCUGGAGGAUCACGAAGAAAGAAUUUCAGUUUUUAAAGAGGAGGAGGAGGAGUGUAAUUGGGUGACUGUUACCAUUAAAGCUGAGGAUCUGAAUGAUUACUCUGUUGGUCUUGAACUUCAAAAGUAUGAAACUGAGGAUAUUUUCAAGCAAGAUGCCUGUGAAGAAUCUCCAUCCAGUUUACAGUCCUGGUCCACUAAUACGGGACGACUGGCUACACAGGAGAAUUCUGCAGAGCUGAAAUCAGAGUUAUCAGAGCCUGAAGAGAAAAUCACCGAGGAAAAUGGGAGAGAAGGAGAAGAGUCACCUGGGAGUGUUGGAAUAAAUUUACAGAAGAAUGACAGCUUCUCUCCACCUUCAUUUAGUCAGCUCUCUCUUCAAUACAAAGAGAAAGGUAUGAUGAAAUCAGCAAGAGGAUCAGAGAACCUGACAGCAGCAUUUUUGCAGUGCAGUUCUCUCCCUGCUACUGGAGUAACACAGACAGAAGCCAUCAAAACUAAUCAACAGCAACUGGAGAAAGAAAUCCAAAUUCACACUGGAAAAAAAUGUCUGGAAUGUGGUAAAAAAUUCACACACAAAAGUGAUCUUAAUAAUCAUAUGAAGAUUCACACAGGAGAUAAAACAUAUUGUUGGCAUGAAUGUGGCAACCAUUUCCCAAAGAUCAAGAAUCUUAACAAACACACAGAAAUUCACUCUGGAGAGGAGAAACCUCAUUGCUGUAAAGAAUGUGGCAAACGAUUCUCAAGGAGAAGCUAUCUUCAGAACCACAGAAGAAGCCACACAGGAGAAAAACCGCAUUGCUGUUCAAAAUGUGGUAAGUCGUUCUCAUGUAUGAGCUAUCUUCAGAGGCACAGAAGAAGCCACACAGGAGAUAAACCUCAUUGCUGUUCAGAAUGUGGUAAGUCCUUCUCAAGGAGAAGUAAUCUUCAGAGGCACAAAAGAAUCCACACAUGAGUAAAACCUCAUUGGCAUAUUCUGGAGAACAAACAAUUUUCUGACAAAUGCAGUUUUCAAAGGCACACAGAAAUUGAUAUUGAAGAGAAGUCAUAUUGUUGUUCUCAAUGUGGAAAAAGGUUUUAAAUAUGAGCUCUUUUCAAGUAAACGCACAAACUCCCACUAAAGUGACAAUGCAGUAUGUAUGUUCUGAAUGUGGCAAAUGUUAUACAAGCCAGAAAUAUCUUUACAGACAUGCCAAAAUCCAUACUGAAGAAAAAUCUCAUUGUUGUUCUGAAUGUGGGAAAUGAUUCUUAGAUUUAUGCACACUUCAGUGCCACAUCUGAACUCAUACUGGAGAUAAACCUUAUUGUUGUCCUGAAUGUGAUAAGCAGUUCUUACAACAAAGCACCAUAAAGAGUCACAUCAGACGUCACACUGGAGAGAAUCCUCACUAUUGCUUGGCAUGUGGCAAACAAUUCUCAUGCCUCGGUUCUCAUUAUAAUCAUAGGAGAAGUCAUACUGGAGAGAAGCCUUACAGUUGUCCUGAAAGUGGAAUGUGAUUCUCAUAUAACAGUUCUCUUCACAAACAUAAAAUAAUUCAUUCUGGUAAGAAAUAAAGCUGUUCUGACUAUGGCAAGCUUUUCUCAGAUGGCACAACUCGUAUUGAUCACAUGAGAAUUCACUCUGGGGAGAAACCUUAUUGCUGGCCAGAGUGUGGCAAACGAUUCUCACGUAAGGUCACCUCUGAGCCACAUAUGAAUUCACACUGGAAUACAACGCAUAUUUCACAAACAGCAAGAAUCUUCUUCAGUAACUUAUAGGUGCAAGAAAAAAACCUCAUUGUUGUCCUAAAUGUGGUUAACGCUUUUCAGAUGGCAGUGGUCUUCAUCGUCGUAAAUGACCUGCUUACUUGUGGUAAGCCUCUUAGCUGUUCUGAAUGUUGAAAGUGGUCCUCCUGUAUCAGCCAUCAUCAGCAACACGUAAGAUUUCAUGAAGGACACAGAAACUGUACUGCCAGGACGUCGGCCAUACACGGACUGAUCAUCUCUGCACCAGUGCUGUGACAUAAGAUGGUGAACAAUACAAACACCAGACAACAGAAUGAGGUAGCAACAGUACUGUGCGGUGAUAACAACUUCAACCACAGAACACAACUGAAAAAGUUCAAUGUAACGAUUAAAAAAUGGAGAAGUCAAAUCAAAUCCACAGUGCAGUGCCAACUACCAGGAGGUGCCACUGACAACGAGGGGAAUAUUUUUGUUUCAGAGCUUUGGCGAUGGGGCCUUAUCUGAGUCACAAUGAACUUGUACCGUCUUUGGGAUGUCAUCUGAUGGCUGACGCCUGGGCUGAAUGCAGACAGCCGUUCUUAACCCUGAUAAUGAAGAAGUCAUUUAGUGACAUCAGCUGACAGCCAAUGCUGUCCAAUCAGGUACUGGAGAGGGACAGUCGAGGAGGACAGGAGACUAAAAAGAGAGCCGUCACAUGACAGACCAAUGUAGAGGGGCUUUAUAAGACUUUGAAACUGAUUUAGGUCAUCAUUUAUAAAUGAUAAGAGUCUUUACAAACCAAACACAUUCAUCAGCUGUGUGUCAAGGGUGAGUCCAAAAGUGGGAAUUUAAGGAGAUCAAAAUACAAAUAAAGAGAAGCAUUCAGGGUUUAAAGAGAAAUGUUUAAGACCUGAAGAGGGAGUCACAACAGCAUGCUAGAGUUACCACGGGGGACCAGAGUUGUGAAGAAUAUCAAAUAAUGUAUGGAAGGAAUAUUAUUUAAAAUAAUAAUAAUAAUUUUAUGAGAAAUGGAAGACCAUAGUGAAUGCGGAACACAGUGAAAAUGAAAUGAACUGAUUUUAUUGUCUGACAUAUAAGAGAAAAAGGGAAGACAAAGCAGAAACACACAGGGAUCUCUGAUGACCAAGCUGAUAAUUUGAUAAAUGAACCUAAAAAUAUAACGGAUGUCACUUUGCUCCAUGUCAGUAUAUCCUGGGUGGUGUGUGAAGGACGCUCUAUACUCUGAAUGUGUUGGUUCAGGUUUCAGUUGGAGUUCAGCACCUUCUUCAUAUCGAUACCCAAGACAAUGUUUCUUCACAUCGAGACUACAAGCUGGAGGCCACAGGAGCUCAAUAAACUCCAACAGCACGAUGGACGAUUAGAAAGCUCUGCUCUGAGAGAGUGUCAGCUACACAAAGCUUCGGCUUCAUUUACUUGACAGAAAACUCCAAAAAGCAGAAGUGGCCCCUUCUGUACCCCCACCACUGAAGGUCACAUUUGACCCCCUCACUACUCCACUAUUGGUUCACUCUGCUUGGACUUUCUGUAUUUUGUAAGUUUAUGUUUCAUUUUUUUUGGCCACACUCUUUUUACAUUUCUUUUCAUUGAUGUUCUCAAAUGUGUGAGUAUAGCUUGACUGUUACAAGGACUUAUCUAAAUAGGGUACAUUGGCCAUGAAAUGCAGUGGAACCCACAAAAUGAAGCAGUGACAUCGAUGAAAUAGGCUCAGUGGCAGAGGUGCCGGGGACAAAAUCAGAAAGGACAGCAGAGAAAAGGCAGGUAGCAACUGAAAACAAAAGAAGAAAAUUAAUUGGUGGAAAGAACUGUCAGUAACUCCUGAGUGGACCGUUGAGGACAGUCGUGGCAUGCAGACGUCAAAGUUCAUGCGUUUUUGAUUUCAAAUCUGUGACCAUGCAUUGAAUAAGUCUGUUAUUUAUCAGUUAGCGUGUUCUGAGACUGUAAUGUCAUCACAAAGAUCACACAAACACGUUGUAGCGGGUGCCACAUGUGCUAUUGUCCCGUUGGCAGUUUGCAGCUCCUUAGGGUGCAUUUCAAUAAAAGUGGAUACUGUAAAUACAUCUUUUAGGGGGAGGUCGUAACACGGAUAGGACGGUUGGUGCUGAAGACUUUAUAACUGGAAAAGAAGGAGAGAGAGAGAGAGAGAGAGAGAGAGACAUCAUGUGGUGGAGCAAAGGGAAGCGACGAGAUACCGCUAAGAAAUGUCUUAUGCUCUGUUUUGGAGAACCGGUUUCUCUUCAACAAGAACAUCUCGCCCCUAAACUGUGAAAGGUGGUUGUGAUGCUAUGUUAUGUACUAGUUUGUUUGUUUUCUUGUCUAUAUGUAAAAUCUAUAUGUGUAUCUUUUUCCCUCUUCUUUGUUUGUGGUGUUGCUUAUAGUUUAAUGCUGAGCUGGGACAUGUGGUGAGGGGUCAAAUAAAAGGACGAGCAUUGGUCA